CUCAUAAAUCACCGCUUGAUGUGAAUUCUCUGAGGUAGAGCAGUCAGCUCUUUUCCUACAGGCAGUUUCUAAUAAUUCCCGGAACACUGAGAGCGUCUCGCUCAGCAGAACGAUGGAAGAACGCAGCGGUGCCGCAAUCAGCGAAAUCCCGCAUUCACCAUUCACAUCCACACCGCGUCUGCUGCCUGCUGCCUGACAGAGACCAGGCUCCAGCUCUAUGCUGUUGACUAGACAACAGCAGACAGCAUACGUUGACUAUCAAUUAUCGUUUUACUAAUCGCUUGAAUUUCUCAAAGCUUUGAUCGCUCUAAUUCAUUUCGGAGAUUGUUUGGUAACAAACCGAGCGUUCGCACGAUGGUUCUGCUGCAUCGACGCCGGAGAAAAGAAUCACUGGUUUGGCUGUUACCGGGUCUGCUUGGAGUCUGCAUGGCAUUUGGCCCAAGCAAAGCAGAGGAGGAAGAUUAUGAGGAUGUUCCCAUCAAUAAAACAUGGGUUUUAUCACCAAAAGUCUACGAGAGCGACGUCACCCUUAUCCUAAACAAAUUACUGCAAGGUUAUGACAACAAACUGAGACCAGAUAUCGGAGUGAGACCGACUGUGAUUGAGGCGGCAGUGUACGUGAACAGCAUAGGCCCGGUAGAUCCCAUCAAUAUGGAGUACACCAUCGACAUCUUCUUUGCUCAGACAUGGUACGACAGCAGACUCAAAUUUAACAGCUCAAUGAAAGUCCUCAUGCUCAACAGCAACAUGGUGGGAAAAAUCUGGAUCCCCGACACGUUUUUCCGCAACUCACGUAAAUCUGACGCCCACUGGAUCACGACACCGAAUCGCCUUCUUCGGCUCUGGAGCAAUGGAAGAGUGAUGUAUACUCUAAGGUUGACAAUUAAUGCGGAAUGCUACCUUAAGCUGCAUAACUUUCCCAUGGAUGAACAUUCGUGCCCUCUGGAGUUUUCAAGCUAUGGGUAUCCAAAGAAUGAGAUCCAGUAUAGAUGGCAGCGUCGUUCAGUUGAAGUUGCGGACCAGCGCUUCUGGAGGCUUUACCAAUUUGCCUUUGUGGGCCUACGGAACACUUCUGAUGUUGCAAACACUCAGUCUGGAGAAUACGUGAUUAUGACUAUUUUCUUUGACCUGAGCCGGAGAAUGGGUUAUUUCACCAUCCAGACAUACAUCCCCUGCAGUAUGAUUGUGGUUUUAUCCUGGGUCUCUUUCUGGAUUAACAAGGAUGCUGUACCUGCCAGAACAUCUUUAGGUAUCACAACUGUGCUUACCAUGACAACCCUAAGCACCAUAUCGAGGAAGUCCCUGCCGAAGGUGUCGUACGUGACAGCCAUGGAUCUAUUUGUGUCUGUCUGCUUCAUCUUCACCUUUGCUGCUCUUAUGGAAUAUGGGACUCUACAUUAUUUCACAAGCAAUCGACCGAAAAAGAAGACCAAAUCAAGCCAUGCACAGAAUCCCAGCACGGUUGACAUCAGACCAGGGACAUCUUUGAUGCAGAUGAACAACAUUGCUCCCUACCUCGACGACGAUGAUUAUGCGUAUGAAUGUCUGGACGGGAAAGACUGCGCCAGUUUCUUCUGCUGCUUUGAUGAUUGUCGCUCCGGAGCUUGGCGUGAGAACAGAAUGCAUGUCCAUGUCUCCAAAAUCGACUCCUACUCCCGAAUAUUCUUCCCAACCGCCUUUGGCCUCUUCAAUCUUGUCUACUGGAUUGGAUAUCUGUAUCUUUAGAGAUGCUGGGCAAGUUGGAGAGGGACUCUAGUUCUAGUAAUAUUUGCAAAUCAUCUGUAAAUCUCCAUCUGCUAAAGCUGGCGGCAUAAAUCUUUGAGAAAAGGGGACAUGUGAGGCUUGAGUUGGAUGUAUUAAUACUUCAAGUAUUUUUAGUUGUAUGAGAUCUGAAUCUUAGAAGGACGUGAUUCUGCAUUGAUGCCAACUGAAUAUUAUCAGCGAUCUCAGUUUUUGAGAAGGAAAUGUUAAGAGUUUCACCAGCUACACAGGCCAUAUCAAACAAAUCUCAUGUAUAUUGCCUAGUUUAAAAUGAUCUCUUGAAUAUCCGCCAGAAUACCUGCAGCUUUUUUGAACUGCAGUAUUAGCAUCACUAAUGCAACUAUAUGUUAACUUCAGGUUAUUAACUCUCUGGCUGAAGCAUAAUAUUAUUAUUUGCAAUGAACAGUAGAUAUGAUAUAUUAGGUGCUUCGGAUACUAAUUUAUAGCUAACUACUUGUCAGAAAACUAAUAUUUACAUGUGUUAAUAUCUUUGUUUUUAAUUUAAAGUAGCAGCAUUUCUGUGUGAAUUACCUGCAUCUUGCUGAGUACUAAUCAAACCAAAGCAUAGAUAUCUGAAGGUUACGUGAAUAGAAUUUUUAUUUUGCUCAAGAAUAACCCAGAAGCCAUUUACCAGGAAUUAGCCUAAUAAUACUGUGAAAUGUUCUUGUCUUAAACUAACAAGUUGUCUCUGGAAUAGAUGACACAAAGAAAUGCCAACGUGCUCAAGAUUUCUUAAGGUUCAUGUGUAUUUUUAUAUAUCGAACGAAAGGAACAGAGCAGCCUUUACAAUGCACAAAUGUUCAGUGUCCUUUAGUAAAAAUUAGAGUUCAUCACUCUCUUGCGCAUUCAAGACAUCUCCUUGCGAACGGCUAGAUUUCUAUGAGCGUAAUUGCAUGACUCAUCUGAGCUCCUACGGCUAAUCAACCCACAUUUGGAAAACUGUCUGAUGGACUUUCUUCAGCAGAAGAGCUUUAGACAGACCCAUCACACACAGAGUAUCAAAAUGAAAACAUUUGAAAACGUACAGUCUUCAUAACACAAACCAUGGAUGCCUUCUCUAUUGGUAAUAGUCUAAAACGGGCAUAUUUGUCUUAAAUUAGGUUUAAUCUGAUCUCAGAGU